GGGAAAGCCAAUGUCUUUUUCCUCUUCUGUUGUGCAUGUGACCUGAUGACCCUGGGGAUCUUAGCCUUAGUUACAUCCACUGGCUGUGCCUCAGCCAAUGCCCUGCAGUCCCUGACGGAUGCCAUGCACAUUCCACAUCUCUUUGUACAGCGCAACACGGGAGGCUCCCCACGUACUGCUUGCCACUUAAACCCUAGCCUUGAGGAGGAAGAAUACACACUGGCAGCCAGACCGCCUGUCCGCCUCAAUGAUGUUAUGCUAAAACUAGUCACAGAACUUCGAUGGCAAAAAUUUAUCGUAUUCUAUGACAGUGAUUAUGAUAUUCGUGGGCUGCAGGGAUUUCUGGACCAGGCCUCAAGACUAGGACUUGAUGUAUCUUUACAGAAAGUGGACAGAAACAUCAGCAGAGUUUUUGCCAGUCUUUUUACCACUAUGAAGACAGAAGAAUUGAAUCGCUACCGUGACACAUUACGAAGGGCUAUUUUGCUUCUAAGUCCAAGGGGAGCCCAGACUUUCAUUAAUGAGGCUGUGGAAACCAACCUUGCUUCAAAGGAUAGUCACUGGGUCUUUGUAAAUGAGGAAAUCAACGAUAAUGAAAUAUUAGAAUUGGUACACAGUGCUCUUGGGAGGAUGACAGUUAUCCGGCAAAUCUUUCCUCUGUCAAGGGACAACAAUCAGAGAUGCAUGAGAAAUAAUCAUCGAAUAUCUUCAUUGCUAUGUGAUCCACAAGAAGGCUAUCUGCAGAUGCUGCAGGUUUCUAAUCUUUAUCUGUAUGACAGUGUGCUUAUGCUGGCCAAUGCCUUCCAUAGAAAACUGGAGGACAGAAAGUGGCACAGUAUGGCAAGCUUGAACUGCAUGAGAAAAUCCACCAAGCCUUGGAAUGGAGGUCGAUCCAUGUUGGAGACUAUUAAGAAAGGUCAUAUAACUGGGCUUACUGGUGUUAUGGAGUUCAGAGAAGACGGCUCCAACCCCUUUGUCCAAUUUGAAAUAUUGGGUACUAGCUACAGUGAAACCUUUGGCAAAGAUGUGCGGAGGUUGGCAACAUGGGACUCUGAAAAAGGACUAAAUGGCAGCCUACAAGAGCGGCGUCUGGGCACUGAUUUACAAGGAUUGACACUGAAAGUGGUGACUGUCUUGGAAGAGCCUUUUGUGAUGGUAGCAGAGAAUAUACUGGGGCAACCAAAGCGUUAUAAAGGAUUUUCCAUUGAUGUCUUGGAUGCCCUCGCCAAGAAUCUGGGCUUCAAGUAUGAGAUUUAUCAAGCUCCUGAUGGCAAAUAUGGACAACAGCUGCCAAACAGCUCUUGGAAUGGCAUGAUUGGAGAACUCAUCAAUAAGAGAGCUGAUCUAGCCAUUUCAGCCAUCACCAUAACACCGGAACGGGAAAGUGUUAUUGAUUUCAGCAAGCGGUACAUGGAUUAUUCUGUGGGAAUUCUAAUCAAGAAGCCUGAAGAGAAAAUCAACAUCUUCUCUCUCUUUGCUCCUUUUGAUUUUGCGGUAUGGGCCUGCAUUGCUGCUGCCAUCCCUAUAGUUGGUGUCUUGAUAUUUGUGUUGAACCGAAUCCAGGCAGUCAAAGCACAGAAUUCUUCACCGUCUAGUCCUUCUGCUUCCUCCACUCUUCACAGUGCCAUUUGGAUUGUGUAUGGAGCCUUCGUUCAGCAAGGUGGUGAAUCUACAGUCAAUUCUGUGGCUAUGCGUAUAGUAAUGGGAAGUUGGUGGCUCUUCACUCUUAUUGUGUGUUCAUCCUACACAGCUAAUUUGGCAGCAUUUCUCACAGUCUCAAGGAUGGAUAAUCCUAUAAGAACAUUUCAAGAUCUGUCCAAACAAAUGGAUAUAUCGUAUGGUACAGUGAGGGACUCAGCUGUGUAUGAAUACUUUAAGGCAAAAGGGACAAACCCUUUGGAGCAAGAUAAUACAUUUGCUGAAUUGUGGAGAACAAUCAGUAAGAAUAAUGGGGCAGAUAAUUGUGUAUUGAACCCUUCUGAAGGCAUCAGGAAGGCAAAGAAAGGCAACUAUGCUUUUUUGUGGGAUGUAACAGUGGUGGAGUAUGCAGCUCUGACAGAUGAUGACUGUUCUGUGACCGUCAUCGGAAACAGCAUCAGUAGCAAAGGCUAUGGGAUAGCACUUCAGCAUGGCAGCCCCUACAGAGAUCUCUUUUCCCAAAGGAUCUUAGAAUUACAAGAGAGUGGAGAUUUGGAUGUUCUCAAACAGAAAUGGUGGCCACGAAUGGGACGCUGUGACCUGAACAGUCAUACCAAUGCACAAACAGAUGGGAAGGCACUGAAGCUUCACAGUUUUGCAGGAGUCUUCUGCAUUUUAGCAGUAGGCCUUCUUCUUGCAUGCUUGGUGGCAGCACUGGAGUUGUGGUGGAAUAGCAAUCACUGUCAUCAAGAAACACCAAAAGAGGAUAAAGAAGUAAAUCUGGAGCAGGUCCACAGACGCAUGAACAGUUUAAUUGAUGAAGACAUAGCUCACAAGCAAAUUUCUCCAGCAUCUAUUGAAAUUUCAGCCUUGGAGAUUGGUGGUAUGCAGCCAAGUCAGACCCUGGAGCCAGUACGUGAAUAUCAGAACACACAACUUUCUGUCACGACCUUUUUGCCAGAACAGACAAGUCAUGGUGCCAGCAGGACACUCACAGCUGCCUCUGGUAGUAACCUGCCACUGCCCCUUAGCAGCUCAGCCACCAUGCCCUCUAUACAGUGUAAACACAGAUCACCAAAUGGAGGACUAUUUCGUCAGAGUCCUGUGAAAACACCCAUUCCAAUGUCAUUUCAGUCUAUGCCAGGGGGAGUCAUGCCAGAAGCUAUGGAGCCUUCCCAUGGAACAUCCAUAUAAUGAAAACAAACAAAAAACAACCAGCAGAGCUUUUUAAUACAAAUUUAAAACAAACAAAACUCUUACAUUUUUCUUGUACAUAUCUGUAAAUAAUGAAAGAAUGAAGUGGGGUAAAAGUGUAUUUUGAAUAUUCCCAAUUUUCGAAGUCAGUAAAAAACAAAACAAAACAAAACAAAAAAAAAACAAAAAACAAAAUGUAUGAAUGACUUUGUAAAUUUUGUUCUAUCUGAAUAAAAAGGCAACUACUUGUGAUCGUUCUCAAGUGCCAAAGAAGACCUGUUACUGGGACUGAGGGCAGUAAUUUUUGUUCAUGGAUUUCAAGAUUUUUUGUUACAAGUUUUCUUGUUUUAAUUUUGUCUUUUAAAUUUGAAAAAUAUCCAUUUCUCACUGUACAAGUUUAUUGCUCAGUUGUUUCUCCUCCUCAGAACCUUAUUUCCUAGUCAAGAUGGCAGUUCACUCAGAGAAUUUAACAGCUUGCAUUAGCAAAAGUAGUAACAACUGUUUGAAACAUAAAUUAUAACUAAAACCAAGCAAACAAUAAAC